UUUCUAUUAUUAUGUGAAAUGUACAAAUGUGUUGAUCAGACAUUAUGAAUGCGUUCUAUCAAAUUAUAAAGUAUUUCGACAUGAACAGCAUUGUUUAACGACAUAAAACUGGGAAACAUUUGUAGUGAAAAAACAACUAUUAUUCGUGAUAGUGUUAAGUGGUGCAAGAGACAAAGGACUGCAGCGAGAGACGCAUAUAGAGAGUUUGCUUUUGGGGAGGAAAGGGAGGGUAAAAUACGUAAAUCGUUCACUAAAUAUAAUAGAUUAAGUAACUUGUAACUUGUUAAGCAGCAACAAUAUGGUCAAAUACACGAAAAUUGGAUCUCCCGAUGAUACUACCAUCAUUCCCCCAGGCGAUUUCAAGCCGAUGACAGCACCAUAUGACCCAAGAUUCCCAAAUACAAACCAGACGAGAUAUUGUUACACUAGCUAUGUGGAUUUCCAUCGUUGCAAAAAACGUCAUAGCGAGGAGUACGAAGCUUGUAAAUAUUUCAAGAAAGUUUACAAGGCGAUGUGCCCCAACUUUUGGAUAGAGAAAUGGGAUGAACAGCUUGAACAGGGAACAUUUCCAGGAAAGAUAUAAUAAAUUGAGGCACUACAUAAUGCUUUUGCCUCUUCCAUUAGUGAUAUUUCUUUCACGAGAACAGGAUUUUGCACUUCUACUUUCCUGUUUGUAAAGUAAUUGAUAUCAAAUAAAUUAAGGAUAGUUUAAUUUC